ACAAUAAAAUAUGUAGUACAGUUGUGUCUGACAAUCAGCAUGAGGUAUCCAAAGUCACCUUUUACAUGCAAUGUGAACAGUUGCAUCAACACUUUUUUAAUUUUAAGAUGAUCAGAAUUUUAUAUAGGAAAAAAUAAGAAUCUAUUCUGAGCUGGAAAUAUUGAAGAAAAUGUGCUAUAUUUCACACUUUCAAAACAAUGUUUUUGCCCUUCUUCCUUCCUUCCUUCCAUGCAUAAAAAUGUUUGACCCUGUACUGGCUGAUAAAGUGAGUUUUGUCUAAAUGCAUGUUCUUGACUGCUUUUGUUAAUCUUCUUGUGAAGGUCUGUUUGUCAAUACUGAGCUGCUGGGGGAAAAACAAAAAGCUGCUGGGGGAAAAACCAAAAUCUGCUGGUCUGUUCCAAUUGGGAGCAAAGCCCCUUCUGUUGGACUCCACUAUAUAAAGGCAGAACUUUGUCUUGAUCAUGAGACUUGCAGCACCUUGCAUUGUACCACAGCAAGAUGUUGAACAUCAGUGAUCUGCCCCUGAAGCUCCUGCCCUCCGGGGCCUCAGAUCGUCUGCUUCAGCCUCUCUGGGAUUAUCUGCUUUUGCACCACCUGCCUCUAAUUUCAUCUCCUUUUUUCCCAGUCCUACUGGCUUUUUCCAGCUAUUUCUUCUUCAGUAUACCGUUUGCUGUACUGGAUCUCUUGGGAGAAAAAGUGCCAUUAUUGUAUCAGUACAAGAUCCAACCAGACAUGCAGCCAACAGUGCAAAUGAUGGCUAAGAGCUUCUUUAUAGCGCUGUAUAACCAUAUCUUCUUUGUUCUCCCUGCUGUAAUAAUUGGCAUGUUUAUUCUGCCAGCACCAACUCUGCCACAGGAGGCUCCCACUCUAUAUGAGGUAUUCGUUGAUGGACUGGCUGCACUUCUCCUCUUUGACACUCAGUACUAUAUUUGGCAUUUCAUACAUCACAAGAAUACACAGCUUUACCGGUGGAUCCAUGCAAUCCACCAUGAAUACACAGCACCUUUCUCGUGGUCGACUGAGCAGCUCAGCAUCCCAGAACUGAUGACUGUCGGACUCUGGAGCAACCAGGACCCUCUUCUUUUAAAAUGUCACCCGCUCACCACGUGGUGCAUGACGGUUUUCAGUAUCUGGAUGUCUGUGGAGGACCACAUAGGCUAUGACCUGCCAUGGACCCUCAACCAUCUGGUGCCGUUUGGUCUGCUGGGUGGUGCACCAGCUCAUAACAUGCACCACCAGAGGCCGAGCAGUAACUACGCUCCUUUCUUCAGUCACUGGGACAUAAUCUUUGGCACUGCUGUUCCUCUGAAGAAAAAAACUUUGAGAGGCUGAUAACAACGAAAAGCAAUUCUGUACAUACUGCAUGUGUAGUGUUUUUCCUUUGUAAGUUAUUGUCACAGCUAUUUUAGCACUGGCACAUUCUUUAUCUUUCUCAAAUCAAUUUCCAUUAUUUUCUUUAUCAUAUCAUUAUCAUCAUAUCAUUAUUCUUCAUUUACUGUUGUGUCUUUAAUUUUAUAGCACUUGCUGCCUCCUUGCUGCUCCUCCUGGUUUUCUUUGUGAUGCAGCUUCCUCGAUGGACUAACCUUGCACAAUACAAAAUAAAAGUCAAUGAAAAGUGUAUUUUUAUGGCUAUUCAUUCAAUAAAAUUAUAUUUUGUCUCUAUUUCUAUUGAUGUUGUUUCUGUGAUAUAUGGAAUAUAAACGUUAUAUAAAAGUUUUGCCAUUCAAUACAUUAUUCUCCAUGCAUGCUAUGUGUGCAUAAUCACACAUCAUUCAAGUCAGUCCAGUGAAGUAAUCAACAGUAAUUAGUUGAAGACAAACCAAGCACAAAUUCCUAUAAAUAACUUCCUGUUCUAGCUUUUCUCACAAUCUUCUUACAUAUUACAAAAUCUUUGAAAGAGCUUUGCUCAGCAACAUUUCCCUUACAAACACACAGGAAUAAGGAGCAUUUGAACAAGAAAUCCAAGCACUGUUUGUGAGGCUAGUCACCUCAAGGUCAAACACAAUACAAGGGGAAUUAAGGCUAAGGCUAAAUACUCAGUUUGGACUGAACAAGGUGCUCCAGGCAGACAGGAAUGUGGAAUUCAUUACAGAAAAUGACACAGCAAAAAGUAGAGGCAUGGGGAUAUUAGAAAUGUACAUGGGGGCCUGGACUGGUAUUUAGUAUCAAAGUUUUGUCUCGUGUAGCACGUGAAGGUUUGACAACGCAUUCUGAACACAAGGUUCACUUAUCUGGUGUUUCGUCUUUGUGAUGACUGAGCAACUUCAUUUGCUGAGGAAAGCCAUGUGUCUGAAAGCUUUGGACACACAGGGUUACUUGGACCUUGAGAUUAGAUGUUUUUUAUCAAAUCUGUUUAUGGUUUCUUCUUUUGGCUUUUAUACACUGGGUUCACAGAUAGCUUUCACAGCUGUCCUGACUAGAAAUUCGUUAGUAUAGAAUUUACAGGUAUUGUAUUUAUUUUGUCAGGUGAUUCACAUUUUUGCUCUGAUUAAGAAAUGAGUGAAAUUUCUUCUCUGAGAAAUGCAUUGCUUUUGAUAUUUCUGACCAUAA